AGUAGCAUCAGCAGCAGCAGCAGCAGCAGCCGCCGCCACAGCAGUGGCAGUAGCGACAGUAGCAGCAUUUAGCAAUAGCUUCAACAGCGAUAGCGGCAGUAGCAGCCGCCCUCCUCUCUCCCUCCUGCGGACGGCCGCAGCCACGGCACUCAGCAGGCUCCAGCGCCGUGCGCGCAGCCCACUGGUGAGAUAGCCCCGGCCGGAGCAGGCGGCGGUGCACUAGAAGAGCGGACCUCAGGAGCAGCCGGCGGCCACUGAGACGCUGAGUUUUAGGGCCAUAACCAGACAGCUCUGAAACCAUCCAGCACCGCCGCGGCGGCGGCGCCUGAGGGAGAGAGGCGCGUCCACCUGGCGGGCCCGGCGCAUGGAGCUGAGGCAGAGGCGGCGGCGGCGGCGGCAGCAGUAGCAACAGCGGCGGAGGGGACAGCUUGAGCAGCUGCGGCGACGGGAGCAGCCCAGCCUUGACUGCGGCCGCGCUAGCUCCAGCGCCAGCUGCCUGAGUCCGCCGGCGACGCGUGUCUCCGGAGUCGGCCUGGGAGGUUGGACAGCAUUUGGACUUGGAAUGAAACAAUAAGAGGUUCCAUUCAUGGAUAACCAACAAGAUAAGGCUAUUGUUGCCUCAACCAACGGAGAAAACACUAUGAUUAAUGGGGUCAAGGAAAAUGAUUCAGAGGACCAGGAUGUGGCAAUGAAGUCAUUUGCAGCUCUAGAAGCUGCUGCACCAAUCCAGUCUAUACCAGUGGCUCAAAAAGAGAACCUGAUGUACCCCAGAGGUCUCCUGCCUCUGCCCUCUAAGAAGCCCUGUAUGCAGAGCCCUCCCUCUCCUUUGGGCCUGAUUGAAGCACCUGAGCAUGCUGCUAAUAGUGCUUCUGUGAACGCCAUCUCCCUUACAUCUGGUGUUGCAAAGGGCCUGAACACAUGGUCAUUGCCCAAUGAGUGUGAGAAAGCUCCAUUUGCCAUAAUGGAGCCUGCAGGCAUGUCAGCUCUGAAUGGGGACUGCCUCAUGCAGCCAAGCCGGACUUGCCUGGGCUGCUUCAUGGACUCCAAGGAUGCAGUAGAUCCUGAGCCAGGGAUCAGUCUAAAAGUCAGUGAUCUAAACAGGGAUUAUGAAACCUGUGCAGUCUCUGAUAUAGGGAUUCAGUGUAUUAAUGCUGGAGAAAACAUGAAAUACGGAGAACAGCUUCUCUCAGAUCAGCUCCUAGGCUUCCCCUUGCACAAAUCAAGGGCAGGAGAUAGACGAGAAGCUGAGAAACCUGACAUUGACUUGGAGGACCCAGGUCAGAAAAGUUAUUAUGAGGCAUUAUUGUUAGAUAAGUGCAAUACAGAAGAGGCUUUGCUGGCAAAUUCCAAUCAGGAUUGGGGUUACUUUGAGACUUUCAUUAGUGAGAGUAAGAUUGAACUACUUGACCUCUGUUCCAAGAAUGAGCUGUCUGUCAACCUCUUCUCUGAAGAAGAUGUGGAUAACUACAUGUUUGAUGAUGAUGAGUCAACACUGGGAAGUGAUGUCUGCUCCCUGAAAAUUCGAUAUGAGUCCUUCCAGGACAAUGUUCGAGACAAGACCACCCUUUUGAUGCAGGAGGAUGCCCAGUUCAAUUUUUUUCCCAGUGUCUUUACUACAUGCCCCAAGCGGGAGUCUAAGACUGGGGCCCUGAAGCAAAGUAGCGAUUUUUCCCAAUUCAAGGUCCCUGAUGUGAGCAUUAUCUGGGGGGAGGAAGAUAAAAACCUGGACAAGAAGAAAGGCAAAGAAGAAGGCCAGGAAGAAAAAGGUGCAGAGAAAAAAGAUGGGAAGGAUAAUGAUGAAAAAUCUGCCUUAAAUAAACCAUGCAGUGGAACUGAAGUAGGGCAAUUUAAGAAUCUAAAGCAAGGCCAUCUUGCCAAUUCCUUGGAGGCAUCAGGGAAUUUCAGUGAUGGUAGUUCCUUCAUUGAGGUCUCAUUUGAUACCAUGGGGGAGAUCAAGGACUGUAGCCGCUAUAUGGCUCGGGACACUAAUUCUGGCAGCUCCUCCUCCCAGCAGAACUAUGGGCUACGAGCCAAGAGAAAAGUCAGGUAUAGUGAAGAUUAUCUGUAUGAUGUUGACUCACUAGAGGGUGAAAAAGUAAAUGAGAGGAAGGAAUGGCUGCCAGGUGGUUCUAUAGAAGAAGAUGAUGAUGAAUGGUGUCCCAAAAAGAGAAGAAAAGUAACCCGUAAGGAGCCCCCUGUUAUUAUCAAAUAUAUUAUCAUCAAUCGUUUUAAAGGUGAGAAAAACAUGCUGGUAAAGUUGGGUAGAGUGGAUGCCAGUGAAACAACAGUUAAUUUGAGUGAAAAUCAGCUCAACAAAUAUGCCAAGCUGGCUCCCUUGAAGGGCUUCUGGCAAAAGAAGAAAAAGCAGAGAAACAGCAAUGCAGACUCCAGCAAAACAUCUUUAUGCCAAAAGCAAAGCUUUGAACCAGGUAGCUUUGAGAUGUCAUUUCUGCCACCUGCUCGCAAACGAAAAUCUAAACUUGGCAACAGGCACAGGAUUCAAAGAAUCCCAUCCAUAGAAACGUCAGCAAGUGGUAAGCAGGUUUCAUUCUGCAAUGAUGAGAGGCAAGCUAAUAAUCGUAAAGAAGAUGGAGGCCUGAAAGGCACACUGAAGUCAGCACCUCUGGCUGCCCCCAGCUGUGCAAAUGGAUCACAUUUAAAUGACAUCACAGGUCCUGACUCAGAGAAAGUCAAAGCCCAAGAUGGUCAGUUUAAGGCACCAGAGAGGAAAGUGCUUAACAAAAUCAAAUUUAAAAGUGAAGCCAGGUUAAAAUCCAAAAAAAUCAAAGCUGGGCAAGAAAGCAAGCCAGUUGUUCAAAUGAGCCCUCUUUUGGAAAACCAAUCCUCCAAGGCUAAUUCAAAGAAUGAAGCUAUUGCUGGGACCUCAAACAGUUCUCAUCUAUCUGAAUUUCAUGAGACAAAGGUUGCUAAGAAUUCUACUUUCCUACCAACCAGCUGCUCUUCUGAAAUGCCUCUAUCAUCUGCUCAUGUUGCCAACAAUAUACCUGUUAUUCCUGGAGGGUAUCUACAGACAUUGUUAGAUGCUUCUGACUUGUCAAAUAAUACUGGUAUCUCAUACUUCAAUCAUCAUUCUCCAGAGCAAAAUGAAGACAGGCUCACUCAAACAGAAAAAUCAUUUGUACCUCUCCAACCCUCCCAGGACUGUGUGCUUUCCUCACCUUCCGAGUCUGAGCUGCUUCAGUCAUCCCAAAACUUCAAAAUGGAAUCAAGCAGCUAUGGAGAUGUGUGGCACAACAAACCUACUUCUGGCUCCCAGGAAUUCAUGGCUGAAGUCUCAAGGGAGAUAGUUCCAACCCAGUCCAGUGAAUUUGGAGUCUCCCAAGUAGUCUCCAUGGAAAAUAGCCUCACAGCUACAACAUACAAUCCAAUCUGUCUCAAUAGUGGUGGCAGCAGUUGCAACAAGGUCAUAUAUACCUCUGUGCAAGACACCCAGCUCUCAUCUGAUGACUCUUAUCAAUUAUGUCACUUUAAUAAUGGAGAGGUCUGCUUUCCUUUCCAGCAGGGUCCAGUCAAUAUGGACAAUGUGCGGCUCUUUAGCUUUGAUUCCAUUGCCCCACUCUCUGUCAACUCAAGCAAUUAUUGCUCCUUAAGCUUGAAAUCUUGUGAAAAGGAUGGUGAUGAUGAUAUUGCUGAUGACUUCUUGGCCCACUGCAGCCCCAAGCUGGUGAUACAGCAGAGCAUUGAUGAGAUAGCACCACUAAAGGAGUCCACUGACCUCCUGGAUAUCUCCAACUUCACUCCUGACAAAUUCCGCCACUCUUCCCUCUCAGAGAUAUCUCCACCUGAUACUCCCAGUCUUUCCCCUCAAAUUACCAGAUGUGAGAAUAUCAAGACACUAGGAACACUAAAAGGAUUUCAAGAGGGUGUCCCAGGAACACUGGGCAAUAUGGAGAAAAUCAAGUGGGACUGCAGUACCCUUUCACGGCAGGUUCAAGUGGAUGAUGGAUUUACUUUACAUAACCAUCAGUUUCAGUUCCAUAUGUUCAAUGAUGAGGAUUCUGUCAGCCUACUCCAGAAAGCCCCUUGCUUAUCAACAUUUAAUGAUCCAUCUAGUCAAAUAAGUACCAGCAACAAGGUGUCAAAAUCAAGAAAGAAAAGUUCACCCAGCAAGAGUGGGGCUAUGAACCAAAGUUCUUCUCAGAAAAACAACAGGAAAAAAACCCCCAAAGGCAACAACAAAGGGAUUGAAAAGCCACCUGGCAAAACCUCCCGCCAGGUCCCUAAGUCAGCAAAGAAAGGGAAAUUCGUGGCUGCAAUCAAUGGAGAGAAAAUGCAAAUUGGCGUCAGUUGUGGAGGAGGCCAAAUCAACAGCAUAUCCUCCACAGGGAAGACAUUGGCUGAAUGUAUCCAACAUGGCCCUGUGGCCUCUAUGAAGAUGCCAAGUCAGAAAGGACUUUCUGGAGACUGGUCUUUGGGGAAGGAGAGCAGCCCAGGCUGGAAUGACAUAAACAUGGGCACCAACACCAAUAACCUUUUGGAUGAUGACCAACGGGAAUUUCAGGAGCCUUCAUAUAUCUUGUCCAACAUUGCCUCUGGUAUGGCAGAUGUGCAGAGGUUCAUGAUGGCCUCCAUAGAACCCCUUUGGGAACCCACGGAGCACCAUGGGGACCCCAAUGUAUUCUACUCCCCUGAGUCCAAUAGUCUAAAAUUAAAAACCCUCAAAAUAUUGGCUGGGACACCACAGGAAUCUAAGAAAAAGGUCAACAGUGGCUCUCCAGGAGCCACUAAGAAUCACAGGUCUACCAAGGGUGUGAGUAAAAGCAAUGGGAAAGCAGCGAUAGGUGAUCCUGGUCGUGCAAGCAUGUCUGGUUAUAAUGAGGACUCUCGCUCUGCCUUCUUUGAUAAAAAGCUUAAUAACCUGAGCACUUUAGGCAAUAAUGUACCAACACACAAAAAGUUAUAUCGUCACAAAACCAGCUCCAAGGCCCUGAGAGAAGAGAAAUGUAAGGGAAAGCGUAUGGAGCGAGAACAAGUCCACAAGGAUGAGGCUGGGACAGCUUCUUUUGAAAAACUGAGGUAAUACUGCACCAAAAUGGCUGAGAUGAUGCACCUUAGCUUUCCUACUCUGCUAAGCCCACAGUCCCUCAUUUUUUCCCUCUUGAAAGCAAAAGUUUGCAUGAAAGAAACUGUCCCAUUCCUUUCUUUUUCAAAUUAAAACAAAAAGAAAAAAGUGCAUGAAAAUCCCUAUACCUCUAAGCCACCCAAAAGAUUGGGCAAUUUUGUUGUGGCUUGACUAGGGAUAAGUUUUGACAAGGCUACUUUUUCUGCUAGUCAGCAUUAAUUUUUACUUACUGAGAAAAUACAACUAAAAUAUGCUUUUGAACGAUUUGGGGAAGGGAAGGGCUUUGCAGUAAGAAAAAUUUUGACCAACAGAAUUUAAAAGUUAUAUAGACCAAAAAACCAAUGUGAUUUAAACAAAAAGAGCAUAAUUUAGAAAACAAAAUCUCAUCAUAAGGCAAUUAGGAGUGCUUUCUAGUGCCCCCUGCUAUUGGUAUCUUUUUCUGCAUCAUACGGCAUCUAGUAUGAUGUAAACAAAUUUAGAUUGUAUGAUCCCUUUGUGGGACAUACACUAAAUCUAACUAAGAUGGCAUAAAUUGUUUGGUUUUUCUGCAGGGAUUCCAACUACAAUCUCCUAAAUGCAGAAACAACAUUUUGGGUUUUACCUGUGUUUGAAGAAGAGACUCUCAUUUUCCAGAAAGACAUUUGAUGUUUGUGUUUUAUUUCUUUCAAAAUAUGCCUUGUGGUAUGUAUGUUGACAUGUAAGUGCUUAAAGAAAAGAAUUUUAAAGUGUGGGAAUAAGUCUUUAGAAGCAAACUUUAAUCUGAUGUUCUAUGUAAAAGACUUGAGAAGUCAUACAGUUGCACAAGUAGUUUAUGCACUAUUUAUCCAAGGGGAAAUAAAGGAAAACAUUGUGCCAAACUACAAACAGGUGACUGUAUUGUAUAUAUUUUUACUUCUAUAUCAACAUUUGGUUGUGAGUAUUUGGGGAACUUGUCCCUGUUAAUUUAAUAGAAACCAUCCAGUGAUUAUUGCUAUUAACCACCCCCACUUAUGUGGAUAGCACCUGUAGAUCACAGUGGAAAAAUAUGUUGUGUUACACAAUUUACCAAAACUUAAAGGAUACUGUUUGAAAUGUGCCAAAUUUCCUUACCUCAUCUUACAUAUUCACCCCCACAGUUUAAAGCUCAUUAAUUAAUUUAAAAUAUAAGAAUUCAUACCUUAUUUUUAAAAUUAAAAUUCUACUGUCCGGUGUGGAAACAUGAACCAUUAAAUAAGGCACAAUAAAGGUUUGUUUGUUCCAUUGUCUAAGGGUUAAAGUGUUGCAAAAGUCUGAAAGUCACAACAGCUAAGUCCAUCAGGGACCCAAGUAUAUGCAUUUACAGAAACUUUUACAAGGAAACAAAGCAGCUGCUUUAAAGUUUGUUUUCUAAAAGGAAAAUCUGUAUCUGAAAAUUAUUUAAAGUGCAAAGUUAUAUUGCUGAUACUUUAUAUCUCAGUUUUAUAUAUUUUAUAAUAGUCUGGGAUAAAUUAUAAAAUAGCUAUAAAAUCAAGACUAUGAUAAAUGAAAUACAUAGAUUGCUUUUAAGUAGUUUCAUAAAUGUUUUAUUCCAGUUUUGUCAGAAAUGCACUCAUAUCAUGGCUUUAAUGUUAAGUGUUUAAUCUUGCAAUGCCAAUGUCAUUUAAAGAAAAUGUUAAGGUAUCUCAGUUCGAUGCCUAUGAAUCACAUACAUAUAUUUGAUAAACUGAAUAAUUCGUAACAACUAAUUGAGGCCAUAUAUACUUAGUCUGAGGAUGACUAGAGUAUCUGAUGCCACACACUAAACUUAAAUCUCAAUCUUUUAUAUAAAUUUUUGAAAUCACAUUUUUUAUUUAGCCCUUUCCCUUUUCAAAAAAUUUCACAGCCCCAACAUCCCUCACAACUAGCUUUUUCUUCCCUUUUAUUCACCACUUGACUUUUAACAUUUGAUCUCUUUUCCUUGCACAGUUGAAGGCCUGUGUGUCUGAUGACUGAUGCAUUAUGGCACAGAUGAGAUAAUGGAUAUGAAAGCGCUUUGUAGAUCGUAAAGUGCUAUACAGAUAUAGGGGAUUAAUAUUAUUAAUGUUGUUGGUUGUUGUUGUUGUUACUCUUACUAUUCUUACUAAUAUUGUUACUAACCUAUUAACUU